UUUAAACGCUCGAGAGGAAUGGCGAACGUCUGCUGUAGCGUUCAUGACGCGGUCGGAGGUGACGGAGACAAGAGCGUUCUUUUUGCCGGGAGACAACUAGCCUUCAACACGGUGGUAUCUCUCUUUCGGCACUACACUCACGAGCGGGCCUUGUUGAAGGGGCGUUCACUUCACGACUACAUCAUCAACCGCGGCUUUGAUCAGGAAACGUUUCUGGGAAAUCUGGUGGUCCAGAUGUACGGGAGGUGUGGGAGUGUGGCAGAGGCGAAGAAGGCAUUUGACAGGAUCCAGGAACCCAACGUCUUCUCGUGGACCAUCAUGGUGGCAGCUUAUGCCGAGAACGGAUAUCUCCAGGAAGCAAGGAAGAUUUUUGACGCGAUGACGGAGAAGAACGUGGUUUCGUGGACGGCUAUGGUUUCGAACUAUGCCCAGAAUGGUUAUCUCCAGGAAGCCAGGAAGCUGUUCGACGAGAUGCCAGUCCGGACUGCCGUGCCUUGGAACGCUAUGAUAGCCGGCUAUGCCCAGAACGGGCAUUGCGACGAGGCUCUAGUGAUGUACAGGAGGAUGAGACAGGAAGGUGUCAAGCCGACGGAGAGCACCUUUGUGAGCACUGUGGACGCCUGUGCUACAGUCGGUUUGCUGGAAGCUGGCCGGCUUGUUCAUUCAAAUGCCGCCGAGAUGGGGUUUCACACAGCAGAGAAAGUGGGAAACGCUCUCGUCAACAUGUAUGGCUGCUGCGGCUGCUGGGAAGAUGCGAAGAAGGCAUUCGACGAUAUGCCGGAGCAGAAUGUGAUAGCUUGGACAGCUCUCCUGGUGGCCUACGCCAGGAGUUCCAAAGUCGAGGAAGCAAAGGCUACUUUUGACAAGACGCCGGUGAAGAGUUUUAUUUCCUGGUCCGCAAUGGUGGGAGCUUAUGCCCAGAACGGUCAUAGCAAGGAGGCCCUUCUCCAGUUCCGGUUGAUGGACCUCGAAGGCGAGCGCCCCGACGGUGUGACUUUUAUCACCACUCUCUACGUCUGCGGCAACCUCUCGGCUAUAGAAGUCGGCCGGAUCAUCUACGAUGACAUCGUUGGGACUCAUCUGGAAACGGACGUAACCGUGGUGACUGCGCUGCUGGACAUGUUUAGCAAGUGCGGGAGCUUGAGCCAAGCAAAGUCGCUGUUUGAUCGAAUGCCGCUCAAGGACAUGGUAAUGUGGAGCUCCAUGGUGGCUGCCUGUGCUCACAACGGUCAGUGGCUGAUGGUACUGGAUACGUACUACUAUAUGCUGCUCAACGGUGUCAAGCCCAACAAGGUGACGCUCAUGAGCGUCCUCUCAGCGUGCAGUCACGCCGGACUUUUGCGAGUGGCCUUGGAGCAGUUCACUUCAAUGAGGGAGGAGUAUGGCUGCGAGCCGGAGUAUCGGCACUACGUGUGCAUGGUGGAUACUUUAGCUCGGGCCGGACAGGUGAAAGAGGCCGAGGACUUGAUCGAGACGAUGCCGUUUGAGCCGGAUGGUUUGUCGUGGAGGACGCUGCUGAGCGCAUGCAACAGCUCGAGCGGAGCCGGGCAGGGUUCUCGAGCAGCGGAGAACGUCUUCGAACUGGAUCCGGAGCACGGAGCUCCAUACAUCCUGCUGUCGAAUCUCCACUCGGAGAAAUGAUUCAAGCUUAGGGGAGGAGGAA